AUGGUGGCGUGCUGGGACGCGCUGGGCGUGCUGGGGGCCCUCACCGCUGCGUGGCUGAUGCUGAGGGCGGUGUGGAGUGCGGGCCGCGCCGUCUAUGUUUUCCUGCUGCCCUCGGUCCGCCGGGGCGCUCCUUGGCUCCGGGCGCACGGAGCUUGGGCAGUCGUGACCGGAGCCACCGAUGGAAUAGGCAAGGCCUACGCACACGAGCUUGCCAGGAGAGGGCUGAACAUCGUCCUCAUCAGUCGAAACCUGAGCAAGUUGGAACGAGAGGCAAAGGAGAUCGAACGGCUUCAUGGUACCCUGACGAGAAUCAUCCAGGUCGACUUCACUGGGGGCCUGGAGAUCUACGGAGCCGUUGAGGAAGGAUUAAAGGGACUGGAGAUUGGAGUACUGGUGAACAAUGUGGGCAUGUCUGUCAGCGUGGUCUUACAGAAAACGUUCGAAGUGGAGAACCCAGCCAAGAGGCUUUCGGAUAUUGUGAACUGCAACAUGUUGUCCGUGGUCCAGAUGACCCGAAUUAUCCUGCCCCAAAUGGUCUCCAGGCGCCGAGGCAUCAUCAUCAACGUCUCUUCUGUGGCUGAAAACCACCCCCACCCACUCUUGGCAGCCUACGCAGCCACUAAGGCCUUUGUGCGAAGCUUCUCCUUGGCGGUGGCCACAGAAUACUCGUCUGAGGGGGUCACCGUGCAGACGGUGAGCCCUUUCGUUGUAUCCACAAAAAUGAGCGGUCACCCCAAAACCGGAUUGCUGGUGAAGACGCCCGAAGACUGGGCGUCGGAGGCGGUGGACACCCUUGGCCUCUCCUCCCACACCUCUGGGUGCCUCAGUCACGCGGUGCAGGAGGGCGCCCUGGAUGCCGCCGCCCUGCCCCCCACCUCCUUCCUCUCUUGA